ACCGCAGGACGGGCCGGAACUUUUGUCCGUGGGAACGGGUUUACACGUUGAGUGUUGCCAGCCGGCGUGAAGAAGAAUAGGGAUCCAUCCUCUUCCUCUCGCCGUAGCCGCCGCUGAGCCAAGCUGAGCUGAUCCGAUCUAGGAGCGCGGUUACCGGACGGGCUGGGUCUAUGGUCGCUCCGCGGGCCGCUCCGCCGGCUGGUGCUUUUUUAUCAGGGCAAGCUGUGUUCCAUGGCAGGGAACUUUUGGCAGAGCUCCCACUAUUUGCAGUGGAUUUUGGAUAAACAAGAUCUGUUGAAGGAGCGCCAAAAGGACUUAAAAUUUCUCUCAGAAGAAGAAUAUUGGAAAUUACAAAUAUUUUUUACAAAUGUUAUCCAAGCAUUAGGUGAGCAUCUUAAAUUAAGACAACAAGUUAUUGCCACUGCUACAGUCUAUUUCAAGAGAUUCUAUGCCAGGUAUUCUCUGAAAAGUAUAGAUCCUGUAUUAAUGGCUCCUACAUGUGUGUUUUUGGCAUCCAAAGUAGAGGAAUUUGGAGUAGUCUCAAAUACAAGAUUGAUUUCUGCUGCUACUUCUGUAUUAAAAACUAGAUUUUCAUAUGCCUUUCCAAAGGAAUUUCCUUAUAGGAUGAAUCAUAUAUUAGAAUGUGAAUUCUAUCUUUUAGAACUAAUGGAUUGUUGCUUGAUAGUGUAUCAUCCUUAUAGACCUUUGCUCCAGUAUGUGCAGGACAUGGGCCAAGAAGACAUGUUGCUUCCCCUUGCAUGGAGGAUAGUGAAUGAUACCUACAGAACGGAUCUUUGUCUACUGUAUCCUCCUUUCAUGAUAGCUUUAGCUUGCCUUCAUGUAGCCUGUGUCGUACAGCAGAAAGAUGCCAGACAAUGGUUUGCUGAACUUUCUGUGGAUAUGGAAAAGAUUUUGGAAAUUAUCAGGGUUAUUUUAAAAUUAUAUGAACAGUGGAAGAAUUUUGAUGAAAGGAAAGAGAUGGCAACAAUUCUUAGUAAGAUGCCGAAACCAAAACCACCUCCAAACAGAAAUUCCCUGAGUGAUUCUCCACUAGUGGCAGGGCCUGAAGCUGCAAGAUGAUGGUGGACAAGAUAAGGCAAUAAUCCUGUUGCCACAGUUACUGUGAAGGAGAGCAGGGUCCAAAUGGAAGUCAGAACUCUAGCUACAGCCAAUCUUAAAACAUUCCGAAGAAUUCCAUAGUGGACCACUUGGAAAUAAACCAUUGGACAGAUUUCAGUAAUGUCUUCAAUGGAACACAAAUGAAAAUGAAUAGCUUGUUUCUGUCAAGCAUACUUGGAAGUGAUUUUAUUUUUGCAAAAUAAGUUUUUCCUUACCUAAGUUGAUUCUAGUAUAUAAUUGAUCAAAAUCUCCUGGUUAUAAAAGUUUGGAAAGGUUCUAAAAGGACCUGUAGACAGAUAGACAUUUCAAAAUUAAUAAGUUUUGUUCAAUAUUUCUUAAUUUGGAUAAUAGAAAAAAUUUAAGCUAGGAAACAAAACAUAAGUGCUUAAAACUAUCUUUGGUCAUUGAAGGACCAAAAAAGGAAGUAAAAAGUCAAUAUGUGAGGUUUUUUUUUUUUUUUCACUUCAUAAGUUAAACUUUAAAACUCUGCUUAAGGAAUCAUGUCUUACAAAAUCCUGGAAGAUUUUAGUGAUGAUGUGUAUAAUUUCAGGGAAAUUAAUCAAGUAUCUGUUGAUUUCAAAAUGUAUAAUAGCUCAGCCUAGUAGAAAAGUGCAAUAUGAGGGGUCUUGAAAAAAAUGUAUGGAAAAUGCAUAUUAUGAAAUAACUAUGCAUGGAUUUAAAGAUUUUCUUGCACCAAGACCAACUUUUAAUUCCAUUUUUCCAUGAACUUUUUAAGUCUCCUUAUAUGUAUACCAUAUUUUAGCAGUUUAAAAGUUACAUUAAUUCUGUAACCAUUUGAAAUGCUGGGCAAACUUUUAAAAAAAAAACCCUACAUGAAAAUACUUGGAAUUCAUUCAGCUAACCUGGCAUUUUGAAAGCUUAAUUGGAUCAAACACAAUUAAUAAGGUUGAAAAUUUGGUAUAAUCUUAAUGUUAAUUUUUAUUCUGCUGUGAAAAGUUUUUAUAAAGUAUAUACACCUUAGUUUAAUUUUGUCUCUUAGUGUGGAUUUACAAACUUAAUACAGGUAUCCUGAGCCAGGAACACAAUCAGGUUUCAGGCCAGUUUGAUACUGGCUUUUCUUAAGUAGGACUUCAGACUAAAUGUUUUGUCAGUGGGACUGUGCUGUCUGUGGAACUUAAUAAAUUAAUCAUUUUAUUCAGACUUGAAGGAGAGUGCUAAAUAAAAUUUGGAGUCAUAGGAUAUUGAUGUACAAUUUAAGGAUUAAAGUUUUUAUAAAUCAUUUGUGAACAUGGAUUUAUUAAAUUAAAUGUUGACUUCCUAGUAUAAAAGUACAAGAAUAAAAGUAAGUUCUCCAGGUACAUUGA